AGCGUUGCACAAGCUGAUGCGACGAACAACAGCCGGAAACAAAUAGCCCAGGCGUCAACGGGGGCGGUCUGCCGGCCCGCAAAAAUGGGAACGAGAGGCCUCCUCUCCCUCGUUCCCGCCUGCCUCCUCGUCGCCUCCUCCCUCGUCGCCUCCUCUCCUCUUCUUGGCGUCUCCCCGCAAGACGAGAAGUAUUUCGCGGUCGCGGGGGCGGUGAUCGCGUGCAAGGACGGGUCGAGAACCUUCUCGAGGGAUCGCCUCAACGACGGCUACUGCGAUUGCCUCGACGGAACCGACGAACCCGGAACUUCUGCUUGUCCUCAAAGCAAAUUCUACUGUAGGAAUAUAGGAGAUACACCUCAUUUCUUGUUUUCAUCUCAGGUUAAUGAUCAUAUCUGUGAUUGUUGUGAUGGAAGUGAUGAAUAUGAUACUGGGAUGAACUGUCCAAACACAUGCCUCAAAGAUCAGAAUGUUUCUGAAAAUAGAAGUGGUGACCAUGAUGCAGAAGCAACAAAAAUGAACAACAGUGACAUACAGGAAACAAAAAAUAGAGUUGAUUUGGAUGACUUAGUCCAAAAGUUAAAAGGAUUGAAAUUACUUAUAAUGAUACAAGUGGGUUCUGCAAUGUGUAUAAUGGCCUUUUGCCUGUUCUAUCGGUGCACUAGAUCUCGAAGGAGACACUAUUUGAGGGGAAUUAAUAAGCCUGCAAAUUCAGUAGUCUUUGCUGUGUUGUGAGCAAUUUAUGGUGUAAUGUCUUUUUUUUUAAUAAUAUAUCUCACGGAUAAAGAAAAGUAUUUGUAAAUUCUAUUUAGGUGUGUCUAAAAUAUUGCAGGCUCUUAUGAAUCACAAAUCACUUCUGAAACUUUUCUUUGACAUGGUGGCAGCAUGUAUGAUUAGCUUGUAAUGUAAUGUGGAAUUUGGCCCUUUCAGUAGUA